AUGCAGUGCCACUCCUCCGUAAACGACCAUACCUUGUUCGCACCACAACCGUCUUUAAGACGCGUAAUAAGCCGUCAUAGCAAGGAGUCUCUACUUGGAAUCGUACAAAAAUGGCUUGAAAUACCGCAACUUAUUCCGAAAUAUGACUCAAGUUCCGAAGAAAGUGAAGAGUGUCAACAACCUAAAAGAUUACGACAAGUUUACGAAAAUUUGUCUGGAGGCAAGAGAAAAGUAGUUGAUAAAAUAUAUCUUGAUGAUUGGAAAAAUGGAUUAACAUGUUUACAAGUCGCACAACUUGAUAUGAAAU